AUCAUCAUCUUCUUCAUCUUCUUCCUCCUCCUCCUCUCUCUUCUUCUCCCUCAAGGGUCUGUGUGUUUGGAGAGAAAGAGAAAGAGCGUGCCCUUUUACAGGGUCUGUCGGAAGAUUACUACAGGCAUAGCUAAGUCAGUGGUGGCUCUGCUUGAGUUACGUUGACGACCACAUCAUGGAAGGAGGGGUACCUACGGACGCCGACAUGUCGGCUUUCAGAGAAUGUUUGGCUCUGUCGUGGAAGAACCCUUAUGUUCUUCGCCUUGCUUUCUCUGCUGGAAUUGGUGGCCUUCUCUUCGGUUAUGACACUGGUGUCAUAUCUGGGGCUCUCCUCUAUAUCAGAGAUGAUUUCAAGGCUGUUGAUAGGAAGACCUGGCUGCAGGAAUCCAUAGUGAGUAUGGCACUGGCUGGAGCAAUCAUAGGAGCGGCAGUUGGAGGAUGGAUUAACGAUCGUUUUGGAAGGAAGGUAGCAAUCAUCCUCGCAGAUGCGCUCUUCUUUGCUGGUUCCGUGAUCAUGGCGGCUGCUGUGAAUCCUGCAAUUCUCAUCUUUGGUCGAGUUUUUGUUGGCCUCGGUGUUGGAAUGGCCUCCAUGGCUUCUCCUCUCUACAUAUCUGAAGCUUCACCCACCAAAGUUCGAGGAGCGCUUGUGGGCCUUAAUAGUUUCCUAAUCACUGGCGGACAGUUCCUUUCUUACCUUAUUAACUUGGCCUUCACCAAGGCACCAGGAACAUGGAGGUGGAUGUUAGGAGUAGCUGCAAUGCCAGCUUUUAUUCAAAUCAUUCUAAUGCUGAUGCUCCCAGAAUCACCUCGUUGGUUGUUCCGAAAGGGUAAAAAUGAGGAAGGAGAAGCGAUUCUACGGAGAAUUUACUCACCGGAGGAAGUUGAGACUGAAAUCCAAGCACUGAAGGAAUCAGUGGAAGCGGAAGUUAAAGAAGCAGAAUCAUCAGAUAAGGUCACCAUAGUCCAACUUUUCAAGACCAAAACUGUAAGGAGAGGACUAUACGCGGGAAUGGGGCUUCAAAUCUUCCAACAAUUUGUGGGUAUCAACACAGUCAUGUACUACAGCCCAACCAUUGUUCAACUAGCAGGCAUUGCAUCCAACCAAACAGCACUGCUUCUAUCCCUCGUCACCGCGGGACUAAAUGCUUUUGGUUCUAUUGUGAGCAUAUAUUUCAUUGAUAGAACUGGAAGGAAGAAGCUUGCUUUGAUCAGUUUGUCCGGGGUUGCGGUCUCCCUUGCUCUUUUGACUGUCAUUUUCCAUGAGACUGAAACGCACUCCCCAGUCGUUAGCACCGUUGAGACCAGACACUUCAAUGGUACUAUCUGCCCUAAUUUCAGCGCAGAUCUUAAUGGUGGAUGGAGUUGCAUGAAGUGCCUGAAGGCUUCUGCAGACUGUGGGUUCUGUGCUUCUAGAGCUGACAAGCUUCUGCCUGGGGCAUGUUUGAUCUCUAAUGAUACAACCAAGGAUCAAUGCCAUGAUGAGCACAGGCUAUGGUACACUAGAGGGUGUCCUAGCAAAGCAGGUUGGGUUGCAAUAUUGGGGCUUGCACUUUACAUUCUGUUCUUCUCACCUGGCAUGGGAACUGUUCCAUGGGUUAUCAACUCCGAGAUCUAUCCUCUGAGGUAUAGAGGAAUCUGUGGAGGGAUGGCAUCUACGGCAGUUUGGGUGUCAAAUCUGAUUGUGUCCCAGUCCUUCUUAUCCUUGACACAAUCCAUUGGGACCGCCUGGACAUUCAUGCUGUUUGGUUUCGUCGCUGUUGCAGCAAUUGUCUUUGUCAUCAUUUUCGUGCCAGAAACCAAAGGGCUCCCAAUAGAGGAGGUGGAGAAGAUGCUGGAGAAAAGGACCCUGAACUUCAAGUUUUGGCAAAGAAGUUCUGGCUCGUCAGAAACCAAGAAGUAAAAUGACUAGUUAGCUUGUCUGUGUGUGGAUUUACGCUACUUUUUAAUCAUUAAUUGUGAAACUAUAAUAUAAAUAUGGUGUUGCAUAAGUAGCUUUUUAUGAGUAAGAAGCCGUAGUUGCAUUAGCAUUCCUGUGUCAAUUCCCUAUCCAUCUUCUCCCCAACUCGUAAGAUUUGAGUUUGGCGGAGACAUUUAUUGGACUGCUUGAAUAUAUUUUAUGAGAUGCUGUUUUGUUCUUCAUUUUGCGAUCUAAAUGACGAGAAAUUUACUAAA